AUGAACGCGAUUGCAAGCCCGCCCUAUACCAAAAACUCACAGGCAAGAGGUAAGUCCACAGGUUGGGCUACCUUUGGCCUCAAGCAGCGUCAGAAACAAGGUCUUCAACUUCAACAAGUCGGCGAUGAUCCUUUUCCACCCCUGCCUACCACUAGCAUCACCUCUCUUCGUCCCUGUGAAAACCUAUCGAACAAUAAUAAUUUUUCUACUAGCUGGGCUGACGAAAGUUUGAUCGAGGAUAUCAUGGCCUCUGUGAAUAAUGAUAUUGAUAAGGCCACAACUUUGUUAGAAGAGAUGAUUUCUACUGGCAACUCUACGGAGAAGGGGGAAGCAAAGGAUUUAUCUAAUUGCGAUGAUUUUCGAUGUGAAGAAGGGGGAAAAGAGAUUGCUUUGUCAGAACAGACCUCAAACCUUGCUGCAGACAUCGCUGAUCUAAGCUCUACUCUUGUGGGUACUUUCAAAAGUAAUCACAAACAAUUGAAGGAUGCGCAUACUGCCUGUGAACGUAGGCUCUCUGGUGUAUAUAAUUGGUAUUUGAAACUAAUUUCUGAACUUUGCUAG